GCAGCGCCGCCUGGCGGCCGUUUCAUUCCCCGCGCCAAGUGUCACUAGUGUCGUUCAUUAGCAAAGUGUUUUGUGAAUUAUUGUUGAGAAAAGUGUUAAAACCUUUCAGAAAAUGUCUCUCUUCGGCUCAUUAAUGGGCGAUAUUGAGGAGGAUCCGUUUUUCGGAUCUCACAUGAAUAUGAUGCGCCAAAUGAACACAAUGAUGAAUUCCUUCUUCUCGGACCCUUUUUCGAUGGGUUUCGGUGAUUUCGAUCGCGGUCACCGCAUGAGCAACUCUCUUAUGCCUUUUUCAAUGCCAAUUAUGCCAAAUUUCAACCGGCUGUUGAGCGGCUCGUUGGACUCCCUGGGGGCGCACAGUUACAGUUCCAGCACCGUGGUUAGCAUGUCUUCGGGGCCCGACGGCCGCCCCCAGGUGUACAAAGCCACGUCGAGCACGCGCACAGCUCCUGGGGGUAUUAAAGAGACCCAAAAGACAGUCACUGACACACGGUCAGGGACCAAGAAAAUGGCCAUCGGGCACCACAUCGGCGAACGGGCCCACAUCAUAGAAAAGGAGCAGAAUAUGCACACUGGGGACCGUGAGGAAAGGCAGGAUUUUAUCAAUUUGGACGAGGAAGAGGCCGAGGAUUUUAAUAAAGAGUGGGAGACUAAGACUAGGAGUCGUUCGGAGAUUCCCAGGAUUUGUUCGGGGUCUGUGCGAAACCGACAUGGGUAUGGGGCUCCAGGAGGCAUGCUGGCGAUCACUGGAGGGCCUAGUAGACGUCGGCAAAGACAGUCAACCCCAAUGGUCUCGCCUCGUAGAAGUAUAAGAUCGUCGCCGUUAACUGUGCCACAGGCGUCGGCUAGGUAUUCACUUCAGUAUUAGAAUGUAAAUAAGAAUUCGCGAAUUGUCACAAACUCUAGGACUCCUUACAGCCCCCCGGGACAAGUCCAAAAUGUCAGGAAGAGUAAAAAUGUUAAGACGGUGUCAGGAUCACCACCACCACCACCACCUGCAGAUCUUUAAAUUUGUUCAAUGUUACCUUCUCUGACUAAGAAGUAAUUAUAUUUUUUGUAAUGGGAAAUUAUUUAUUUUUAUUCUAGACAAGAAAAUAGUACAAUUAUUGUCAUGGUCGUUUGUUUCACACUUGCGUGUCAAUUCCUAAACUCAAACAUAAUUAUUAAUUGUAUGACGUAUGUAUUGUAACGUUGUUGGGUGAUUUCAUUGUAAAACCUAGAGUUCCUAUAUUGGGAGAGUUGGGACACUUAAUGUCAAUUUCCAAAAUUUUGUUUCAUAUACGUCGGUUGGAAUGUGUAAAAAACAAAUUG